GCGGGAGCUCUCGAGCGGAUUUACGAGCGAAACGGCUGUUGAUCGCGGCGUGUGUUCGCGGACGGAGUUGCACCGGGGAAAUGCAGGGACGCGGACGCGAGCGAUAAACAGCGCAGGUGGGAUGUCGUGAAUCCGUCGGGCGAGGCUUGUGUUGGCGGAGCGUCUGGUGCUGAUGGGAGCUGCUGCAGCAUCAUGAGUUGCCAUGACGCCGGAGGGCGUCGCCGUUACGAGGACUCGGAGUUCACGCUGCAUGUGUAUCCCGGCGCUCUGUCCGAGGGCACCAUCUACUGCCCCGUCUCUGCGCGGAAGGUGACGUCUGCGGCGGAGGUCAUCGAGCGGGUCAUCGAGCGGCUGCAGCUGGACCGAGCGCGCCUCUACGUGCUCGCCGAGGUCAAGGAGUUCGGCGGAGAGGAGUGGAUCCUGAACCCGUGCGACUGUCCCGUGCAGCGCAUGAUGCUGUGGCCGCGCAUGGCGCUGGAGAACCGGUUGGCUGGCGAGGAUUACCGCUUCCUCCUGCGCGAGAAGGACCUGGACGGAUCCAUCCGCUACGGGAACCUGCAGAUGUGGCUGCGCGUGACGGAGGAGCGCCGGCGGAUGGUGGAGCGCGGCCUGCUCCCGCAGCCUCCCUCGGGACAGUACGCCGACCUGUGCGCGCUGCCGGAUCUAAACGAGCGGACCUUGCUGGAGAACCUGCGCGGACGCUUCCGUCAGGAGAAGAUCUACACGUACGUGGGCGGGAUCCUGAUCGUCGUCAAUCCCUUCAAGUUCCUGCCCAUCUAUAAUCCCAAAUACGUCAAGAUGUACGAUAACCACCGGCUGGGGAAGCUGGAGCCGCAUGUUUACGCGGUGGCCGACGCGGCGUAUCACGCCAUGCUGCAGAGGAGGAGGAACCAGUGCAUCGUGAUCUCGGGGGAGAGCGGCUCGGGAAAGACGCAGAGCACCAACUUCCUGAUCCACCACCUGACGGCGCUCAGCCAGAAGGGCUUCGCCAGCGGCGUGGAGCAGAUCAUCCUCGGAGCCGGACCCGUGCUGGAGGCUUUUGGAAAUGCCAAAACGGCCCAUAACAAUAAUUCCAGCCGCUUUGGCAAGUUUAUUCAAGUCAACUAUCAGGAGAGCGGGACUGUGAGAGGAGCUUAUGUGGAGAAGUAUCUUCUGGAAAAAUCCCGACUAGUUUAUCAGGAGCACAAUGAGAGGAACUAUCAUGUGUUUUACUACUUGCUGGCCGGAGCGAGUGAAGAAGAAAGAAAAGCGUUUCAUCUCCUCAAACCAGAGGAGUAUCAUUACCUGAACCAGAUAACAAAGAAAGUCCACAGACAGCACUGGGGAAAUUACUAUGAGACCGAGCUGGACUGUUUCACGGUGGAAGGUGAAGAUCUGAAGCAUGACUUCAAGCGACUAAAGCUGGCCAUGGAGAUGGUGGGAUUCCUGCCGGCCACCAGAAAACAAAUCUUUUCUUUACUGUCUGCGAUCCUUCUCCUGGGGAAUAUCCGUUACAAGAAGAAGACGUACAGAGACGACUCCAUCGAUAUCUGUAACCCAGAGGUGCUUCCUAUCGUCUCUGAACUGCUGGAGGUGAAGGAGGAGAUGCUUUUCGAGGCUCUGACCACACGAAAGACGGUAACGGUGGGCGAGAGAUUGAUUGUGCCGUACAAACUAGCCGAGGCGGGGACGGUGAGGGACUCAAUGGCCAAAUCUCUGUACGGCGCUCUGUUCGACUGGAUCGUCUUCCGCACAAACCACGCACUGCUCUACAACAAAGACCUGGAGGAUUCAGACAAGAUCCUGUCCAUCGGCGUGCUGGACAUCUUCGGCUUCGAGGACUACGAGAACAACAGCUUCGAGCAGUUCUGCAUCAACUUCGCCAACGAGACGUUGCGGCAUUACUUCAACCAGCACGUCUUCAAACUCGAGCAGGAGGAGUAUCGGUCGGAGGGCAUCAGCUGGCACAUGAUCGACUACAUCGACAACACGGCCUGCAUCGACCUCAUCAGUAAGAAACCCACUGCGCUGCUCCACCUGCUGGACGAGGAGUGCAAUUUUCCGCAGGCGUCUAAUCAAACUCUGCUGGAUAAGUUUAAGCGGCAGCACGAGGGAAACGGCUACAUCGAGUUUCCUGCCGUCAUGGAGCCAGCGUUCAUCAUCCGACACUACGCCGGCAAAGUCAAAUACAGCGUCAGGGACUUCAGGGAGAAGAACACGGAUCACAUGCGUCCGGAUAUCGUGGCUCUGCUGAAGAGCAGCGGAAAGGCUUUCAUCUGCGGCCUGAUGGGAAUCGAUCCUGUGGCCACCUUCCGCUGGGCUGUGAUCCGCGCCUUUUUCAGAGCGCUCGUCGCCUUCAGAGAGGCCGGGAAACGACACAAGGAGAAGACGACGACGAGCGGUGAGAAACGCCAGCAUUUACUCGACACUGUCGUUACUGUAUAA